UCGAAUUACGCUCCCGAGAGGGCUCUUCAAUCCAAUUACGAGCAAUCACCUUUUGUAGUGCAAUAGUUGAUUUGUUUUUAUACAUUUUUAACACCGUGUUGAAACUUGAUACCCAACGAGUGAUAGUGCCUGAUAGACCUUCUGGAAUUCCAUUCAUCCCUUAACGAGUGUUUAAAACCCUUCACGCACACGUGACUCCUUCGCAAUUUCUGAUUUUUCUCUGAUCGAGAGUUCGCGUAUAGAAUCAAGCAAAAAAAGACUUAAUGACUUACAAUUUCAGCGAAUCGCAUAAGCUAUGAUACAUCAACGUCGGUAUUUGAAAUUUAGUACGGUUAAGAUUUCAAAAUUAGAGAAUAGAGAUCAUUUUGAUAAUACGCUUUCAACUUCGAAUCACUGAAUUUGCAUGCUCUUAAAUACGGAAAUUCCGCGAUUCGCCCGUUUGGUAAGGAUGACGAAUAGCAAUCCAGAGGUAUUAUACAACCUUCAUCAUGCAGGGAACGGAAACCACGCGCAUCGAUCGAGUAAGGUUGUGUCGACUCAGGCGGACUCAUCCUCGGGCACUCCGCCCACAUGUUUAAGUUUGCAUGGAGUAAAACCUGGCCCAUUAAUUUUGGCGGGACAGUACGGGACCAGUUAUUUCACAAACGCUUCGGGGGACCUGAGUGAGGAUGAGCUACCAAGCUGCGCCUACGCAAGUCGGUCUGCCCACCACGUUUCGCCUUACAUCGACGUCCAUGACCGCGAAGACGGUGUUUUGGUGGCCGGCGAAUCGGAGCAUUUUUUCGGGAGCAAUGGGAGCCCCUACCGAGUGCAGCGGCAUGCAGCCAACAUUAGGGAAAGGAAGAGGAUGUUAAGGUCAGCAGAAACCUCCAACUCGCUUCGUCCAAGUCGCGCCAACUCAGAGCGACCUCCUGUCAAAAUCAGCAUCAACUCGGCGUUCGAUGAACUCAGAGGUCACGUGCCCACAUUUCCGUACGAGAAACGCUUGAGCAAGAUCGACACUCUUCGUCUGGCCAUUGCCUACAUUGCCCUCCUUCGGGAGGUCCUCAACGCAGACUGUGAUCCACUGACGUACGUCGAGAAAUGUCUUCGAGGAGACCGCCACGCCGAUUGGAACACAAGCGAUCUCACAGCUCGUUUAUCAUGGAUAAAUUGGGAAAACCUUGGAGUGACACCCGGCCGAAGAGGAGUUUUGACAUCAUCAGCAUCACUGCCUGACAAUAUUCAUAUCUGAUAUAAGACGAGCAUAAACUUUGACUAAGUUUUUGAAAGAAAAAAGGUGCUUAUAGUUUUAAGAAAAAUUUAGGCAAAUAGGUAUUACCUAACUUAAAAAAGUAAAAAAUUGAGUAUUGUGAAUGCUUACUUAAUAUAUGAACUUAAGUAAGUAGGAAUGCACAAAAGGUAUUACUUGAUAGUGCAUCCUAUGAGAAAUUUUUAAAAAAAAACAUUUGUAUUAAAAGUUUGUGAUAAACCUCCAAUAAAAAAUCUUUUGAUUCCAUAAUA